AUGCUCCAUCGCGACGACCCUGUGAUUCCCGUUAAAACGAUUAUUGAUUACCUGAACGACGAAAUCGGUGCAGGACGCAUCCGAGCAGCUGCCGCCUCUAAUUGGCAUCCCCAGCGCAUUAUCGAUGCCAAUACCUACGCCGCCGAGAAUGGGUUGGCAGGAUUUGUUUCCUGUAGCAACAACAUCAGUCUCGCAGUACCGAUGGAGCCGAUGUGGGGUGGUUGUGUCUGUGUAGACGAUGCCGCUCGCGAAUGGCACAAAGAGAGUCAGUUCCCGUUGAUGCCCUGGUCCUCGCAGGCACGAGGUUUCUUCAGCGGCGCGUUUACACCGGAGAACCGCGAAAACGGAGAUAUGGUGCGUGUCUAUUACAAUGACGGCAAUUUUGAAAGACUCACACGUGCAAAGAAAUUAGGCGAAAAAUACGGCUAUUCCGCAAUUCAGGUCUCUCUCGCAUACUGCUUGAAUACUUCAUUUCCUGUUUUUCCAAUCGUCGGACCGGCGACCUUAACAGAGAUGGAUUCCUCACUCGGUUCAAUGAGACUUGAACUGUCCGACGCUGAAAUGGAGUGGCUCAACUUAGAAACGGAUGGAAACCCCCUAUGA